AUUAUGGAGUACUCCUAUAUUAUAGUCAUCAUUAUGAAUACGAAUAUUCCACCAGUCUCUCUCUGUCUGUGCCUGUCUUCUCUACCCAAAAAUGGCCGACGCGGCGGUGGCGGAGACGGCUCUGGAAAUCACUCUCCGAUGCGCCACCGGUUUGAAGAAAGUUAACCUCGUUUCAAAAAUGGAGGUCUACGCACUUGUUUCCAUCUCCACCGGAGAUAAUAAUUCAGUCAACACAUCCGUUAAAACGCCGCCCGAUCGCGACGGCGGCUCCAACCCCACCUGGGAUUUUCCGAUCAAAUUCGCCGUGGACGAGGCGGCGCUGCGGCAGGAUCGACUCACGCUUGAUUUCAAGCUCGUUUGCGAGCGAGCUUUGGGCGAUAAGAACGUCGGCGAAGUCCACGUCUCCGUUAAAGAGCUUCUCGAAUCCGGGGGCAAUGGCGGAAGAAGGUUUGUCACUUACCAAGUCACCAAACCUUCCGGCAGGCCUAAAGGUCACCUCACCUUUUCUUAUAAAUUUUUCUCUAAGACUGCAAAAUCCGAUUCGUCGGCGCCGGCGGAGACUAAAUCCAGUUUGUAUCCGGCGAUAGAAAUGGAUCUCAAAUCGAUCUAUCCACCGUUGGGGAAGCUCUAUGAGGAAAUUCCGGCGCCGGAAUCACAAUCCGAUUCGGUGUAUCCUCCGGCGCCGGCGGAAUUAAUUUCCAAUGGGAUGUAUCCAUCGGCGGUGCAGAUUUAUGGGGAACUGAAUUUCCGUUCAUUGUUUCCGGCGGUGGAGCAUCGGCGGAUUCUGUCACAGUCAGGCGUUAGGGCGGCGGAUAUUGCUGGAGAUGAUACGCCGCCAGGGCUAGGAGGAGGAGCGCCGUACGUGUACCCUCCGCCGGCGGCCGGAGGAAUAGAAGAAUACCGAUACGUGGUAUAUCCUCCUCCUCGGAAUCACAGAUUUGGUGUUGAAUUAGUCGCCGGAGUUCAUUAUUAUUAAUAGUAACAUUUGGCGUGUCUUUGUUUCCUA